UGAAAGAUGUAAUGGAUUCUCAUGCUGACGAAUUUACUACACAAGUACCAUUUCCUUGCUGAAAUUUUUUUUUAAACGUGAUAACGUUAUAGGUAGACAAUGGAUGUGGACCAAUCAGUCGAAGAAGCCAUUCAACAAGAGUUAAACACAAUCUUCAUAAGUUCUUUAGAUGCUGAAGAACUGGAAAGCUAUGAAGAAGAUGAAGAAGAAAUUAUUUUUGAAGAUGAAACAGAAAGAGUCCCUGAUGAAUUGCCUCUAUCAGUGGUUUCAUGUUUGGAAUUAGCAAAGAACAGAAUCCACAUGGCUGAACAGCUUAUUCUACAGGACUUGGAGGACAGCCAGUUUAAUGGUCUUUACGAUGUGGCUCCAUAUAAUGAUUCAGAUUAUUUGGUUGAACUAGCUUCUGAAUAUAAUGAAGAUCCUGUGAAGUUCAAGGAGCGAAUAAUUGGUGAAAUUGAGGACGAAGAGGCACUGCAGUCAUCUUGUAACCCUGAUAAUCACAUGGGAAUUGAGGAACAUUUUAUGGAACAAACCGCUGAGAACAUUGCUACUGAAUAUUCAGAAACUGAGAAAAAAUGCAUGCAGGAUCUGCUGGAUUGGGAGGAAAAAACAAAAGAAUUGGAAGAGAAGAGGAUCUUGGAGCUUAAAACUAAGAAAGAACAGCAGGUGAAAGAGCAAAGAGAGGACGAGGUGAAAAGGAGACAAAGGCAGAAAGAGCUUGAGGAGGAGUUAAAGAGACUAGAAGAAGAAAAUUUGCAACAGCAGGCUGAACUGGAAGUGAAAGCAAAAAAGGAAAAGCAAGCUUUACAACUGGAAUUAAAUCUGCAAGAAGAACUUAUAAGAAAUCUGCAGAAACAAAUGGAAGUGGAAAAACAAGAUUUUGAACAGCGGCAAUCCAUAGAGAGAAGGAGGCUGGAAGAGUUGAGAUGCAGGGCAGCAACGCAAAUCCAGGCCAGAAUCAGGAGUUUCUUGGUACGCAAGAAAACACUUUCUUUACUGAGGCAAAGAAAAGAAGAGAAAAAAAGGGAAAAAGACCUGCAACUGAAACUAGAAAAGGAGCAGAAAGAAAGGGAAGAAAAGCGCAAAAGAACAUUGGAGGAACAGAAACUCAAAGUAGAGGAAGAAAUGAAGAGAAAGGAGGAACUGGAAAAUAAAGAAAGGAAGGAACAGGAAAGGAGGCGUGCUGAAUACGAAAAGAAAAAGGAGGAAGAACGGCUGCGUUUGGAGCGGAAGAGGCAGCUGAAGUUCGAAGAGGAGAAAAAGCAGGAGGAAGAAGCGACAAAACAAAGGGAAGAACUACAAAGAAGAGCCAGGCUGGUGGAAGAGGAGAGACAGAAAGAAGAACAGAAAAAGAAACAGCUGGAAGAACUAAAAAAGGGGGACUUGGAGAAGGAAAGAAUAGAAGAGCUUCAGAGAAAGAAACAAGAAGAGAAGAUUGAGGAACAAGAGGAACUCGACCUAAAGGAGAAAAAUGAGAAAGAAAAAGAACAGGUUUGCAUAGUUGAAAAGAACACAAGUGAUGCCACUCAGUUUUAUAAACAAAACAGCCUAAUACAAAAAGUAUGUCCAUCUACUGGACAAACAGAAAGAGUGUCAAAAGUUUUAGAAAAAGAGGCUAAUCUGAUUGGAUCUGAGGAGUCUGCCAAUUGCAAUGAUAACAAAGCUGCUGUAAAACCAGAAGCAUACAACCAGGAAAAAAAUGAAAUAUUCAGUAACAGAAAUACCACACAGUUCCAAAAUUCAGAAACAACUCUGGACGGAACCAAAGAGAUACGUAACCAGUUAACACCUAACAGUAGUAUUUCGCUAAUAAAAACACCUGGCUCUUUGGAAGGUUGUGAUCUAUAUUACAACAGUGCCUCUGCAGACAAGUUUUCUUGUGUAAGUCAGAUGAGCCUCCCUGAUUGUAUUGAACAGAAAAGGCUAGCUUGGAUGAAGGCUUGUACUCCUUGGUCCAAACUUGCCAUUGAGAACAAGAGGAAAAAAAUGGUCAAAAGGAAGUUAACACAAAGAGCUUCAUCAGAACAGCUGCCAGCUUUGAGUGCAGAGCUAGUCCUUCAGUCUGCCAUCUGCAACUCACUUAAGCAGGUCACAACAGUUACACUUGAGGAUUUACCUGGCUGCAAUCUCUCCACUCUCUCUGAGUGUACAAAGCUACAGACGUUGACUCUCAGAAGAUGUGGCUUGACCGCGCUUGAUGGUAUCAACCGAUGCAAAGAACUCAAACAUAUUGAUGUACAGGAAAAUGCAAUUCAGUUCAUAAAUUGCCAAGACUUGGAGGACCUUUGUGUCCUUCUCCUGAAUCGGAACCAGCUCACCUCUAUACAUGGUCUCGAUGGAGCCACUAAUCUUCGAGUGCUUGAAUUGUCACAUAACAGCAUCACACGCAUUGGUGGCUUGGAGUCUCUAAAAAAACUCCAACGACUAGUGAUGGACCACAACCACUUAAUCAGCACAAAAGGACUGAUAGAAACACCUACUCUUCUGUAUCUCAAUUGUGCUUACAACCAUCUAACUUGUGUUGAGGGCACAGAAAACUGUGUUCUGCUCCAGACACUAAAUCUUCAGGGCAACAACCUCAGUGAGCCUCCUGAGUUGGUAAAUCAUGUCUUGAUAAAGGAGCUGUAUCUGGAUGACAACAGUAUAUCCUCACUGGAGAGUUUGUCAUCUAACUGGCUACCUCUCCUUCAUCUCCUUUCAGUAGCGCAGAACAGCAUGACUCAUCUGACACCCCUUUCUGACUUCAUAUCUUUGGAAAAACUCAAUGUUAGCCACAACUGCAUCUCAGAACUGACAAGUUUUAUCCCAUGCGUUGAAGGAUGUAAAUAUCUGAAAGCGCUGUCUAUCACUGGAAACCCCUUUCAGCAUGAAGCAGAGUGGAGAUCUUCUUUACUAGAGGUUUUGCCUGGCCUAAAGAAGCUUAAUGGAAAGUGUAUCAUUUCUACGGGACCUUCUCUCCCAGACAGAAGCAACAGACCACCACCAGGGAGUUUCCUGGCACUCUGUCAGGCCCAGCUUAAACAGCUGAAGUUAUUACUCCAGAGACACGAUAGUGAACUUGGGUCACUCUCUCCUCUGGAAGUCACGGCGAUCCGCAGCCGGCAAUGUGAUGAAUUGAUCAAGCUGGCUGAGGAGCACAGAUAUGCUCAUGAAUAUGGGGACCUGAGCGUCAAUGACGGAGAUGAACCAGAAACUUUGAGCAGCCUUUUGAUGCAAAGAGCCAGUGACAGGCAUCAGCAGAAUAUCCCUUUUAUCAGUCGAGCCAAGGAAAAUAACCAGGACCCAGUGAAUAUUUCUAAAAGAUGGAUCACUCCUGGCCAAGUUCAGCCUACAGUCAACAGCUCUUUUGUUGGCCAAGAUCUGGGAAAUGAAGAAAGCAAAGUGCCUAGAAUGAAGGCUGAAUGUUUUGCCAUUACUGAUGGAGAAAGUAAAGAAAGUGUGCUUGGAGGCAGAAAGGGCAUAAUGUACACUGUUGCUCCACACCUAAGAAAGGAAGCAGAGCACCCAAAUGCAAGCCUGGUCAGAAAGCACCUCCACCGUGAUCAGAAAAAAGACCUACAGAACUUGGCAGCAACUGUUAUCCAGAGCCAUUGGCGGGGCUACCUGAUUCGCAGAGAUAUCCAUUUGCACACUGGUCGACAUGCUGCUGCUAUGGUAAUUCAAGCAGCUUGGAAGGGAUACUGUAUGUGGAAGAAAAAAUGGCAAAAGCAGGACACUUCUUGCAUGAAACAUGUUAUAGCAGGAAAACACCAUGUGAAUGUUGGGGAAAAGGCUGCCACAAUAAUUCAGGCAGUUUGGAAGGGCCAUGUUUUGCGGAAGAAGUUGGCUUCUGCACUCGCUGCUGCUAGAAUCAGUGAAUUACAUGAUGAUUUUGAAGAAGUGAAUGUGGAAGAUUUUAUAUUCGAUGAGGCUGCUUUGGAGAAAGACUGGAUAACCUUGGAUUCCACCCGCUUCCCUUCAAAAAUACUGCCACUCUCAAACCAGCUGCAUUGGCCAAAGCCUCCAAACCACCAACCAUUACAGCGCCAGCCACAGCAAGCAUGGUCAAGUACAGAUGAAGAACCAGGAUCAUAUCAUGAACGGAAUGAUUUUAAUACACAGUGCAGCAACAGUAGACCCCAGAAUAGACCACAAUCAACAACACCAAAAACUAGCCACAUUCAGAAAAGGAAAAAAGAAGACAAAAUCUUAGAGGAAUGGGGAUUUACAGACAGCAACACAGCUCAGCAGAUGCUGAAGCGAGCACAGAAGAUGAAAUCCACGAACGAAAAGCAGAAAAAAUUACUUGACCCAGCUGUGCGUCUGGCAUUGUUCAAGAACAAUGGAAAUAAGUGUAGCCCUGUCAAGCCACCAAAGAACGCACAGCCUACAAAACCUGAAUACUUUAGAGCUCAUGAGGAGGAGUUUGCUCGUCAGGAUACUGCCCCAGCCAAGAAAAUAGAGAGAAGCAGAGAGAUAACAUACCAGUGGCUUCACACGCAAUUUGGGGAUCAUGAAAUAACAAGUUCCAGAAAUAUGAAAAGCGAUCACUUUCUGCCAGAGAUUGAUCCUGGAGUACUGAAUGGUGGGCGAGUUCAGUUAGUGGCAAGCCCUGUAAGCAGAGAAGGUCUGGAUCUAGAGAUUGUGUCCAUGGCCAGUGGUAGUGCUUUGACUCAGCCCAGCGAAAAAUAUAAUCAAACAUGCAGGCACUCAGCGGGACAUGCAAAGCAAGAAAAGCCUGUGCCUGUGAAGGUAGCAUCUACACCAUCUAAAAAAGAGCGAAUUUCAUUUCGUGACAACCCUUUACAAUUUAGUACCGGAUGGGGAGGUGGUAAGAAGAGAGCGAAGCCUUGCAAGUAAUUUGUAUUUUAUAAGUGUCCUUGAAAGCAGAUGUUUAUUUUAAAUAUAUAUUUUUGGAAUAAUCACUUUUUUGCUUCAGUGUUAUAAAUAUAUCAAUCUCAAUAUGCAAGCAAUGUUACAUUUUCUAGUAUUUGUUGUUUAGUUUUUUUUUU